ACCGGGUCGCUCCAUCACAUCUGGGUCGAACACACUGCAAAACUCUCACACAAUCAGUUUCCAAUCAGUUCCGCGAAAUAAGGCGUGUGAUUUGGUUAUCUUCAAAUAUCAAACCUGCAUCAGUUUGUGAUGGAUCCGUUAGGUUUGAAGCGGCCUCCUCUUUCUCCGCUGUCACCGUCGUCUCUACGAGAGAGGCAGAGGAGACGUUGUGGUGCUCACGACUCCACCGAUGGGAACGGAAGCCUGCUUUGCAAAGAGAACCAGAACCCACUUCGGAAAGCACAAACCUUUGGUUCUGGAGGUAAUACCAUACCGGGUAUUUUGUACAAGGGCAGCCUAAAGACUUCCCAAUGUUCUGCUCCAAGCACGGCGGAAAGCGUAGUCAAUUCAGAAAACCAACACAAGUAUUUGAAGGAAACUUGCCCCGCUGAAAGGAAAUCUUUUCUUGGGAAUAGAGGAGAAAACAACCCGACCAGAAUACCUAUUUCAAGAGGUAAUGAUGAUGUGAACCCUGGUAGUGGAACCUCUUUCGGUACUACUGAUGACUUUUCCUCUCCUUCGCAGAGGAGGUUGCGUGACGUUGAUUUGUCUGCUGUUACUCAACGAACACCCCUGGCCCGGCUUAUAGCGAUACAGUCAAAUAAGUAGAGCGUGAGUAACCGUUUUCAACCUACCGUUUUCAACCGUUUUCAAAUAAGCAGUCUCAAGGCUUCCCAGUUUUCUGUUGCAAGCACAGCGGGUAUAUGUUCUGUUGCAAGCACAGCGGGUAUAUGUUCUGUUACAUGUCCUUAUUGAGUGACUGUGAUUGAAUUUCCUUUCUAAUCAAUCUUGCUUUUACAAUCUUUGGUAGAAAGUUUUCUCCCGGCAGAAAACCGACAAAACUAUGUCAGAGAAUCGCGCCCUUCUCAUGGGAAAACAUGUGGUCAAAAUACUAAUUACUCAGGUCUUAUCUAAUGUUAUUUCUGAAAAGAACCUGUACUGCAGGAGAAGCAUAUUAACUAUGUUCGCUGUGGUCUGCUAUUUCCGUGUGCUGACUUGAAGAAUGGUUUAUGCCUUGGAAUUCCAACUCUCGCCUACAAUACAUGCCAAAUGCCAUUACAUUCUACCCAAGCAUCAGCUUGCGCUUAGUACACCAUCUGAUCUUCAGUACAAUAAGCCUGGAAGUGUUGGCCAUGCAUCAGGUUCCAGUUCGACUUUUCAGACACAAUGAAUACGAGAGAUUUUUAACAACACCUUUCCCUUAUUAUGGAGCUUCAUUCACUACGGUAACACUCUGUCCAAUUAGUACUCAUAUUUGUGAUGAUGGUGGCUUUCUUCUUAGCAUCACAUCCCUUUAUAACAAGUGAAAUAGUUCUACGUUGGAGCAAACUUUUACAAUUCCUUUUUGCUUUGUUUAAGGUGUGGCAUGUAUACUUAUGGUAGUUCUGUCAGGGCUGCCGAAAGUGGUGCAGUGUGUCCCUGAUCCAAGUUUGCUGAAAUGAACAAGCCGAAGUGACUUGCUCAGCCCCAGAAACCAAUGCCACUGGGAUGCUCUCUGAACUAAAAUUGGUAGCACACCACUGUAUAUUGCAACUGUCUUGGUCAUACGAAUGACCAGAUUCUGCAUAAAGAGGUUGUGGCUAUCUCUGAUAUGCAAUUUUCUAUUGUUAUGAAUUACGGAGUGUUUAUUUCUUUAGUUCAAAUGCAGGCUUCGGCUACAAUUAUAAGAAUUUUCAGUUGCUUGCAUUAUUCAUUUUAAAUUAAUCUGUUUUUAUUUUAAA